AUGUGUGCCGAAAAUGAGGAUAUUUUCUCUGAUCUUACAUUCCUCGACGUGGAGCAGCCGUACUCAUUCGAUGACCAGCUGGACAACUGGCUGCAAGCUCCUCCCACAGAACCUGUUGGACAGGACAUAUUGCUAUCGGGCAAUAUUGAGAGUAAUCAGCUACUUGACUAUGACACAAGCCUUAGUGGCUUAGCUUUUGAUAGCCUUAUCCCUGAUGUUCUUCAUCCCCCAUUUGCGCCUGUCAACACUGGUAACAAUGCCGCAACAUCAACCAGCUCUAUGGGCGAGGGGACUUCUCAAAGCUCUAGGCAAACCGGCAAACUGGGGGCAAGAUUUACUCAGAAUACAGUCAAAGUUCUGAGAAAUUGGUAUCUGACCCAUAGUCAUCACCCGUUUCCUGACGAGAAUGAGAAGAAGAUACUUGAGCAGCAGACUAAUCUCAGCAAAACCCAAAUCAUGAACUGGUUUGCUAAUGCACGGCGUCGGGAUAAGAUGGUGCGGUCUAGAGACGAUUUACCUUGCCCUACCAAGGCGAUGGAUGUGCCUCGAAGACCAGACACUCCAGCUCCUCGUAGAGCUACAGACUCGAUGAAUCCAUUGGAGCGGUGGGUAGAGUUGCCGCCAGAGAAUGAGCCUGCCUCAGCCGUCGACAUUGCUCGAGCUAUGGCCUCGAGCCCGCCAGCUUCAGCAUCUGAUUCUGGUCAGACCUGGGGCUUCUCAGGGAGCACAUAUGGUUCAAGCCACAGUAGAGGCUCACAAUCAUCAGCCGACUCUUAUGGUAGUCGAUCUAUAGAAGGACCAUUCGAUCCCUUGGUGAACAUUCGCUCAAGCCGCAGGAAAAGAAGAAGAGCCAUGAAACAGAGCAAUAAGCGAACGAGCUUUGCCAAGAAGUAUGACUGGCAACGACACGAGAACUCAGUGCACCUACCAUUGGAGAGGUGGAUAUGUUGUCCAAAUGGUCCGCGGAUGAACAACCCUACGAACCACGAUAACUUAUGCUGUGUCUUUUGCGGCCUGGCUGAUCCUGAUGAUCUUCAUAUAGAGAGCCAUCACUAUACAGCAUGUCAGAAACGUACCGUCCCUGAGCGGUCGUUCAAUCGCAAGGAUCAUCUCCGCCAGCAUUUGCGACUAUUCCACCAGAAUGCAAGCUUCAUUGAGUGGUCAAUGAUGUCGUGGAGGAUCAAAGUACCUGCCAUUCGCUCCCGCUGUGGUUUCUGCGAUCACCAAAUGGCGGAUUGGGAAGAUCGUGUGCAUCACAUCUCUGACCAUUUCAAAUUGGGAAAGACAAUGGCCGACUGGCAUGGUGAUUGGGGGUUUGAUCCUGAGAUUGCAGAAAUUGUCGAGAACGGAAUGCCUCCAUAUCUCAUCGAAAUCGAAAGACUCACACCUCUGCCGUUCGAAGGAGAAAGGACAUUGGCCGCUACUCCCUGUAGCGCCUAUGAACUACUGAAGCUUGAAGUGGCAUAUUAUAUGCAGAGAUUCCACGAAGAUAUGUCACGUCUGCCAUCCGCGAAGGAUAUGCAGCUCGAAGCUUGCAGAAUCAUUUUAGCUUCCGAGACUCUGAGCCAGGACUCUCACUUGUCUGCCUCUUGGCUACGGGACUUGAUAUUUUCAGAUCCCAAAGUCUCACAGGAUGCACGAUUCAGUCCGAUCAGAACAGCUACCGAGUCGAGAUUUUACCCAAUCAGAGUGAAAGGGAAAAAUACACUAUUCGAAUCAUGUCCAUUUGAAAAGCGGCUCCUUGACACCGUUUCCUCAAAACUAUCUAUAAGCCCAUCAGCCUAUCUAAGUGAUCAAGAAAUUAGAUACCAAAGCUGUUUGAUAGUUGGACAAAUGGAAGAUGUCUCAAUCACGCCUUCGGAAUUUAUCGCAACAUGGUUGAUCAGCUUGAUCCAUUCCGAUGAUAGCUGGGUCUCAUUAUUCCGGCAACGCGCCAAUAUUCCUCCAAGCCCCGGCCAUGAGAGCGGUCAAGCUACAGCCGACGAUUUCCCGGCUAGCAUCCAUGAUUACAGCCGAGUUGAGCAGGGGCUCGUAACAUACUUGGAACAACAAAGGCAGCUUGGUGUUGAACCCAGCGACGAUGACCUUCGGAAUCAAGCUCGAAUCGUUAUGAAUCAGAGUCAUGACCGAUGGUUCCAGACAAGAGCUGAUAACGACUUGUGGCUGCACUCGUUUAGAACAAGAUAUCCGCCCACGACGAACGAAGACGUUCCCUUGACUUCAUCACAGAAGGCUACAAUGAACUAUACGCAGACCACUAACACGGCCACAACACUUAACGAAAUUUCAGGCCCUGGCAAAUCUCGACAUAUCCCGUUAUCAAUCGCUGACCACGAGGCUCUUCUGAAUGCCCGUUCUCUAGUCUCCGGGGCCACACAAUUUGCAGCUAACGACUGGAAUUUUUACCAAUGGCUUGAGGAUGACCUUCGUCGCUGGGCUAUAUCGACCAUGUCGCCUCACAACCCUAUGCAACACAUCCCGUCUGAUGAGGAAUUCCAGCACCAUGCUCGGAUGGCGACGUUCAAUGAUGAUGAUCCACUAAACCAGACUAUUGCGGAUAACCCUACUUGGCUGGCUAUGCUUAAGAAGUCAUUGAAUAUAUGA